AUGGCCGGAACCAAUUAUAAACCACCCGAAUACCUCAGCAAACGUCCCUAUGAGUACUACGCAAUUACCGGCAUCAAAGCAGGGACGGUGCCUGACCAGAAGAAAGCUCCAAUCCGUCAAGAAAUUGACGAAUGGAGCAACAACAAGGCAAAUGCCGAUCAGGUAGACCUGUUUGUGAUGGCAUGGCGCAAUUUGAUGAAUACGUCUCCUCGAGAGAGAGGCUCCUUUUUCCAAGUUGCUGGGAUCCACGGCCAACCAUAUGUUCCAUACGAUGAGCCAGACACCGACUUGGCAGAUAUCAAAGACAAGGGGUAUUGCACUCAUAACAAUAUCCUUUUCCCAAUAUGGCAUCGUCCGUAUCUUGCACUAUUGGAACAACUCCUUUACGAAAACAUGAUCUCGGAUAUCAUCCCUAAGUUCCCAAAGGAUAAGCAAGCCGGACUCAAGGAAGCUGCGGAUUCCUGGAGACUUCCAUUCUGGGAUUGGGCCAUCAACCAUAGAGUGCCCACACUCGCCAAAUACCCGACAACUACUAUCCCAACCCCCAAUGGAAAACGAGAGAGAGUGGAAAACCCUCUCUACCAAUUUAAAAUGUCAACAAACGAGCCAUUUCUAUCCGAAGGAGUCGGUCAAGUCUUCGACCCUUGGGCAGGGGAAGUGGUACAGUUCGGACCUUGUAUCGGAACCAGUAGAAGCCCUGAUAUUGAAGAUAGCCAAAAUCCUGAAUCCGAAACUUGGAAAAACGGCGUGGUAAACAACAACCAGGUCGGGAUUGCGCUCAAAAGCCCAGGUUGGAUGGGAGAUGGAAAAUACGGAGCCGCUUCCGAAAUGGUGUACCGUUUGCUCACACACCCCUUGGAUUACCCUUCCUUCGCUACCACUUUCCGUGCUAAAGGACAAGAUGACAUCAGCAAAGAUAUCAAUCUCGAAUAUAUCCAUAACAACGUCCAUGGCUGGGUGGGAGGUAAUUAUACUGGGCAUAUGUCAGAAAUUCCCGUGGCAACAUUUGACCCUCUUUUCUGGCUUCACCAUUGCAACAUUGAUCGGAUGUGGGCUAUCUGGCAGGCUUUGAAUCCAGACAAAUGGUUCGAAACUGCAGACAAGAACACUUUCUUUCAAGAGGCCAUUGGACUUGCAGAUACCAUCACGCCGCAGACGAAACUUCGUCCCUUCCAUACGGACACAAAGGGCACUUGCUGGACCCCUGAGGGCGCUAGAGACGUUUUGAACUUUGGCUAUACGUAUCCCGAAUUGCAAACAUGGGACGCGAAAUACAAUGCCGGAGGGGCGUAUAACAGGGACCUACAUGUGACUGAUAUCAGGAAAAUAAUCAACGAAAAGUAUGGAGCUUCACGAACUGAAUUGCUGAAGAACCCUGCCCUCGGCGACAAGACAGAUGAUGGAGUUAAAUCAAACGACUUUGCAUUUAGCGUCCGAUACAAGAAGUAUGCGUUGGGUGGAAAUCCCUUCACUAUCAAAAUAUAUCUAGCUCCAGGCGAUGGGAAGCCCAGAACCCCAGAAAGUGACUAUGUUACUGAGGUUUACAAUUUCAGCUUCCCGUCGAUUGUCGAUGGGAAGGAAGUCUGCAGUAACUGCACUUCCGUAGAAGCAACUGAUUCGAAGGCCACCUCCUAUCUCUCGAUUACAUAUGUUCUUGUGCAAUGUGUUAAGAGGGGGGUCUUGGCAUCUUUGGACGAAGCUACUGUUACCAAAUUUCUCCAGAAAAAUUUGUACUGGAGACUUUACCAGCAUGGAAGGGAACUGGGCAGGUACGAGAUGGAAAAAAUUGAGCUUGAAGUUCUUGGCUCCUUCAAUACCGCCCAGCACCACAAAAAUGCAACCAUACUAUCCGGAUUUAAAGGUUUCCGCGAUAUUCCAUCACUAGCAGGUGGCCCUGAUGGGGCUCUCGAUCCAAAGCUGAAGAAGAAACCAGCGCCGCCACCAACCAACCCUCCUGCUCCUCCAUCAGCAGGGCUCCAUCUGAAUAGCUCGCUCGACCUUAAAUCCGACCUCACGGCUGACGGUGUGAUAAUUCUCGACUCUACCUCAGUGGACUUGAACCAGAUUCAGACAGACACCAUCGACAACACCCAGGUGACCUUCAAGAAUGGAAAUGAUACCUUGUUCUUGAUCUCCUUCCGUCGUGCAGAGGGCCAGAUCGUAUUUAACACCAACUUGGGAGGCAAAUGGGGUCCAGAGGAGAGAGUCAGCCUCGAUGGCAAAUUGAAACACCCUCAGGCCGCAAUCAUGGUGCAUGAUCAAGGUGAAGGAUUCGAAGUCAGCAUUGAUUUCGUUCACGUGGCUUGGUUCAAAAAGAGAGAUCCCAGGCCUAUCAAGACCUUGCGGUACGGAACGAAUAAGAAUCAGAAGCCGGUGCUGGCUGAUGUCUUGAAGGUGUCAGUGUAUCCCUCGAUGCAGAAGGUUUUCACUCGUUAA